UUGUGGGCGCCCCGCGAGCAAACUCUACCCACCACGCCCAUCUCAACGUGACGGAGCCGGGCGCUGUCUUCAACUGUCCCUUCCCGGCCGAUGACAGCACCACCUGUGACCACCUGGACGUAGACCCCACAGGUAAUGACUUCAACGAUGAUGGCGGGCCGAGGAUGGAGUACCAUGACAUGAAGGAUUAUGGUUGGCUGGGCGGGAGUCUUGACACUCAACCAGACUUCACCAAUGACCGACAGGCGACUUGUGUGUGCUCCCCCCUGUGGAAGAACCAGUAUGCACCUCACAAUGUGUAUGCAAAUGGCGCGUGUUACUGGACCCCCCAACGCCUGCCCAACGACGCACCCUUCAAGAAAGAGCUGCCCUUGCUUGACGAAAGGGACCAGAUUAGAGAACACACAUAUAUCAACGCAUAUGGCGAGUUGGGUUUCUCCGUCCAUUUCCCCGGCGACUCAAGAAAAAUUAUGAUGGGGGCGCCAGGGAUACACAAUUGGACUGGAAAGGUGUAUUUCUACUCGGAUUAUGUGCGGUCUGAGGUCGGGCAGUCGAGGAAGAGACGCCAGGUACGCAGCAAGAAAUUUUUUGAUGAUAGGCCGGCAGUUGGGGAGAGCGAUGACACAACCCCUGACUCUCUUCUCGGGUACGCCCUCACCUCGGGGAUGUUCCUGGAUGUCGGUAAGGAGCUCUACGCUGCUGGGGCUCCACGCAACGAAUAUGGGAAGGUUGUGUUGUUCGAGUUCCGAGACUCCAGGUACAAACAGACAUCGCCUCGAGACCUUCACCUUAAGGGACAGCAAAUGGGGGAGUACUUCGGUGCAGCGUUAACGGCAGGCGAUGUGAAUGGCGAUGGACUGACGGAUCUGAUAGUCGGAGCGCCCAUGUUCUCACACCCCAAGAUACCGGACGUGGGGAGGAUUCACGUCUAUUUAAGCAAAGAUGGACGAGGAUUGAGUGAUGGGCCAAAGCAUUUCUACGGCCGAGGUGUUGGUGUGUCGCGGUUUGGUCUGACCCUCGCUUCGGCAGACCUCAACAUGGACCAAUACCAAGAUGUCAUAGUGGGGGCGCCAUGGGAGGACGGGGGCAAGGGGGCGGUGUACAUCUUCAUGGGGUCUGGGGAUGGGUUAAGUUGGCCCCACGCACAGCACCUCACCCCGGAAGAUUUCACCCCAGGCCUGCGAGGGUUCGGCAUGGCAGUAUCACGAGGCAUCGAUAUUGACCAAAACGGCUACCCGGACUUGGCCGUCGGGAGCGUGCUGUCGGACAAGGUGGUGCUGGUGAGGACUCGGCCCGUCGCUGUGCUGAAGGGCCGCGUCGUCGCCAACCCUCGCACGGUGCCCUUCGACGAGGAGACCGAAAUCACCCUCACGACGUGUGUUCGCUGCGAGGGACAUCGGAUCCCCGCGGACAUACGCGUCCAAGCCACCCUGAGCCUCGACCACAGCAAGAACAAGAAGCCAAUGCCACUCGCUGUGCUGGCCGGACGCAACACAUCUUCCCUCACCUUCAUGGAGGAUCUUCACCCUGAUGAGGAUAAGUGUCGAGACCACCAGGUGACCAUCAAGAAAGACAAGCAAGACCCAGAUGGAGACAUUGUUAUGAGGCUGGAGUACGGUCUGCUAGACUCCUCGGCCCUGGGGCUGAUUGAGCAACCCAUCACUGACCCGUACGCCCCCAACAGCACGGAGACGGUUGUGAGCAUAGCCAAGGGAUGCGCGGAGGAGGUGUGCAAAGUGGACAUGUUUACUAAGGUGGCGUUCCUGGAUGGCAAUAACAGUUCGGUCGUCAUAGGCAAGAUUAACCGGCUUGAGGUCACAGUAAGCAACAAGGGGGAACACGCAUACCUCCCCAGCCUAAUGGUCACCCUGGAGCCGCCCCUCGUGGUCGUCCAGCCCCCCCACCAGUGCAUCUUCCACUCCUCCGAGCUUGUGUGUAACUUGACCAACCCUCUCAAGAGCAGUAAUGAGCCGGAGCGCGUGGAGGUCAGCAUACAGGUUGACCCGGGCCAGAUGACGGACGACAUUACCCACACCCACCUGGAGGUCAUCGUGGAGGGCGUGGGUGAUGAACAGGACCCCUCAGACAACAUCCUGGCCCUGGAUCUUCAGCUGGCGAUGCAGGCGGAGCUGGAGCUGCAUGGGUCGUCUAUGGAGGAGCAGGUGGCAUACAAGCACAAGGAGAAUGACCUCAUCGUCGCCAAUAACAAUCUCAAGUUCAACCACACCUAUGUCCUCAUCAAGAAGGGACCAACGAGCCUUGAAGCGAUUGAUCUCGUCGUGGAUGUUCCGAUCAGCUUCUCCGACGGCCAGAGAUUUGUGACGGCAGAGCGUAAGGGGGUUAAAUUCUCGAGCGCCUUCAACUGUUCCUGGAGUGACGACGGAGUGAGCGAAGGGACCGAGGGGAGUGUGCACCUAGCCACCGACAGCCCUGGGAGUGAUGACGGUGUGAGCGAUGGGACCGAGGGGAGUGUGCACCUAGCCACCGACAGCCCUGGGAGUGAUGACGGUGUGAGCGAUGGGACCGAGGGGAGUGUGCAAGUAGCCACCGACAGCCCUGGGAGUGGCGAUGAUGCUGGUGGUGAUGGUGGUGGUGGUGGUGGUGGUGGUGGUGAUCUGUCCACACAUGACGAAAAGGUAGUGAAGGCCUUGAGCGGAGCAGAGAUAGGGACGCAAUUCUUUACCUGUUCUUCGGAUGCGAUCGUCUGCGCGCAACUCACCUGCCACAUGGAAAGGUGGAUUGAGUAUUCCGAGUCGGCAAGAGUCACGGUGGAACUUGAAGUCGAUCUUGCAGUGUUGGCGGCACACAUCUCGGUGCAGGGUGGAGCAGUUCUCGGCAGCAGCGGAACGGCCACGAUUCAAGGACUUAGCCCGCACCUCGCCUUCAUCGGCAAUAGAGAGGUGAUGGGCAACGCAGUGACGCACAUUCAGCCUGAGAACCUGGCGGGACGUGGCGUACCUUGGUGGGUCAUCUUGCUGGCCAUACUGGUGGGCCUCCUGCUCGUCACCCUCCUGGCGUACGCACUCUAUAAGAAAGGGUUCUUCAAGCGCAAGAAGCUGGAGGAGAUGAAGGCACACCGGGCGAGGCUGCAGGGUGCCCCCACCGGCGUCAGUAACCCAACCGCCACCGGAUAGUAGAGUCACAGCCGCCAGCCACCAGUGUACGUACUGUCUGUGUUGGGCUGGCCGGGUUAUCGUAGACACAGCGCCACGCCAAAGAUUCCCAAGUGUUGUAGUGACGUGUAAGUCUGUAUGGAGCUGGUGCAGUGUAGAGUAGCGAGGUGUUGUGCGUCCUCUUGCGCUGAAGGAAGGGAGUCUUGUCCCUAACUUGAACCUUUUGAUCUUGUGAAUCUUUCCAUCCUGUCUUGUUAAUGAUGUGUAUAGCGACACACCUCCCUUUACACUGAUGGAAGAGUGACUCGAGCCUUGUGAUCAAACAGAAUCUUACGGCUGAGAACUGUCACUAACUUGGAACUCAGGUGGUUGUCCUUAACCUGGUAGCAGCGACGGGCCAAAUUUGUGGCUUUACCGUGUAGCAGCGACGGGCCAAAUUUGUGGCUUUACCGUGUAGCAGCGACUGGCCAAAUUUGUGGCUUUACCGUGUACCAGCAACGGGCUAAAUUUGUGCCAUGAUAUAACCCCCCCAAAAUAGAUGAUACAUAAUCUGAUCACAAAUGCUUUGAUAUAUAUUAUGAAAUGGUUUGUGUGAGUGGUGAUUUUUUUCUCAUUUUUCUCGCUUGGAGGGACCAUUAAGAAACAUGAUCCCCGCUGCUACCGGGUUAACUGUCAUCAUUAUCAUCAUCAUCCUUCCCAUUGUGUUAGGCCAGAAUCGUGGUUUUGGGAGGAUGAUGAUGAUGAUAAAUGGGUGUGGAUUUAGUGUAUAUGUUUAGGAAUUUCCAUGCAAACACACACACACACACACACACACGCACAUUGUUUGUUACCCCUUUUAGUGAUGUUUGUACCGAGUGUUCUGUUAACAAGUCAUGUGCAUAAGCCAGUCCUUGUUGACCAUUGUUUGUGAGUCUUGUUAGGCUGUGUUGGAAUAAAGCAAUAAAGAAGGAAAGUCAA